AUGAAGGAUGGCAACGGUGGCAACAGAGAAACAGUUCAGGGGGUCGACCCAGAGGUCGCCGGCACAAAAGUUCAUAAGCCACACGGUCGGGGGGCCGACCAGGUGGGUGGCCCAGGUGACAGAGCUGGUCCGGGGGCCAGCCGUGCGGAAAGCAACGGCGGCGACGAUGUAGAAACAGUUCAGGGGGCCGACCGUGCGGACAGCUACGGCGGCGACGUGAAAACAGUUCAGGGGGCCGACCGUGCGGACGGCUACGGCGGCGACGCAGGAGAAGGAGACGACAGAGCCGGUCCGGAGGCCGGCCGUGCGGACGGCUACGGCGGCGACGCAGGAGAACGAGACGACAGAGCCGGUCCGGAGGCCGCCCACGACGGCGAUGGCGUCCGGCAAGAGGCCCAGAAGGUGGCCGACGAGGUCGAGGUGCUGGAAGCAGCUGAGGCCGAAGCAGAGGCCGCUGCAGGCGUGGAUGACGAAGGCUCGGAGGCCGCUGCAGGCGUGGAUGACGAAGGCUCGGAGGCCGCUGCAGGCGUGGAUGACGAAGGCUCGGAGGCCGCUGCAGGCGUGGAUGACGAAGGCUCGGAGGCCGCUGCAGGCGUGGAUGACGAAGGCUCGGAGGCCGCUGCAGGCGUGGAUGACGAAGGCUCGGAGGCCGCUGCAGGCGUGGAUGACGAAGGCUCGGAGGCCGCUGCAGGCGUGGAUGACUAG